CAAAUGGCAGUAUUUCAUCUCUUAUUGGGGGUGUACUUCUUUCUGUUGACAGCCAUGGCCUAUGACCGAUUCCUGGCCAUCUGCCGGCCCCUCACGUAUAGCACCCGCAUGAGCCAGAUGGUCCAGAGAAUAUUGGUGGCUGUGUCCUGGGCUUGUGCCUUCACCAAUGCACUGACCCACACUGUAGCCAUAUCCACGCUCAACUUCUGUGGUCCCAAUGUGAUCAAUCACUUCUACUGUGACCUCCCACAGCUCUUUCAGCUCUCCUGCUCCAGCACCCAACUCAAUGAACUGCUCCUCUUUUGUCUGAGUAUCCUCAUGGCAGGUGUACCUGUGAUUUUUAUUGUUACCUCCUACAUACAUGUGGCAGCUGCUGUCUUGAGAAUACGCUCUGCAGAGGGCAGGAAGAAAGCCUUCUCCACAUGUAGCUCCCACCUCACAGUGGUGGGCAUCUUCUAUGGGACUGGUGUCUUCAGUUACAUGCGUCUGGGCUCAGUGGAGGCUUCGGACAAGGAUAAGGGGAUUGGCACUCUUAAUACUGUGAUCAGCCCCAUGCUGAACCCACUCAUCUACAGCCUCCGGAACCCUGAUGUGCAGGGCGCCUUGCAACGGGUGCUCACAGGGAAGCGAGCCCUUGCAUUUUUUUUUAAGGCACAGAUCAGGGAGGUAUUUCUGGAAGAAGUAGCUUUUGAGCGGAGUCUUCAAGACUUUGACUAUAUGAUGUUGGAAGAAGGAUAG